AUGGCCCGCAGCAGCAUGACCCGUGAACGGGUCAUCGUGCGACAAUCCUACUACUGGCCCGACUGGCAACUCAACGUCUGGAUCAUCAUCAUGCUCGCAACCGGCGGCGUGCUCGUGGGAAUCUUCGCAAGUUUCGUGCAGAUCCAAAACCAACUGGGGAAAUUGGGAAUCCCAUGGUAAGUAACAAGCAAGCAAGCAAGCGCUUCAUCAUCAAGUCCAUUUCUUUUCUUCCCAAAACAUGGCUCGUUCGCUAACGCCAGCUCCUCCUCUUCUAUCGCAGGAUCAUGCCCUUCGGCAUCACCGUGGGCUCCCUCACCCUCGUCUUCAUCCUGCUCAUGCUCCUCCUCAUCCUCCAACGCCGCCUGCUCCCGGGCAUCCUCAUCAUCGGCGCCUUCAUCCUCCUCGUCCUCUACAUCACCGGCCUCAUCGAGACGGCCAUCCAGCUCUUCGGGCCCCAGGGCGACAUCGCGUCCAAGUGCCAGACGUUCGUCUUCGAUAGCCCGUCGAAGGAUCUGUCCAUCAAUACCCUGGCGUGGUUGGAGCAGAAUAGCAUCUGUCAGAGCUGGGAGGCCGUGUUUGCUUUCUGGAUCAUUGGCGCGGUGUUUUUGGUCUAUCUGAUUGUGUUGGCGAGUAUGGUGGCGCAGGGCGGGUAUGGGGAUUGA